GCAAGUGUGAGCCAGUCCGUCUUCUAUCAAGGUGCUCUUGCGCGCUCUCUGUAUUUCAAUGUCCUCCAGUUAAUGUUUUCACCGAUGACUGGCGCGAACCCCGGAAGAAAGAAUGACGAAAAUGAGCAAUCAGUUCAGAGCGUCUGACAAAUCCGCUCCUGUCCAGACGCUGGCGGACUCAUCUUCCCCCGCUCUCUGUUUCUGUCUCGCCUAACAAAAACACUGGAGUGAAACAUGAACGAAUUUCACCGGCAAAGACUCGGUAAAAACGCGGUUGUCCUGCUGCUCGUGAUGAGCGCCGCUCGCUGCUGUCAAGCGUUCAACUUGGAUGUGAGGUUUCCAGUCGUCAAAGAGGGAAAAACAGCUGGCAGUUUGUUUGGACUUUCCGUUGCACUACACGAGCAGCUCGUAGGAGAGAAAAGACACCUACUUCUUGUAGGAGCACCGAAGGAGAAAGCAGAGUCGCAAAUGUCAGCCAAUGAGACUGGAGAUGUGUAUGCCUGCCCAAUCACCAUAGACCCCAAAGACUGCAAAAGACUGAACCUUCUCAGCUCAGAUCCUGAUAGCAUACCAAACCAUGCAAAUGAUAUGAUGGAUGGGAUGUGGCUAGGUGUGUCGUUAGCCAGUCAGAGUCAACCAGGGGGACGUGUCCUGGCCUGUGGCCAUCGUUAUAUACGAAAAAUGUCAACCAACCUUCGGAUGAUUGGGAAGUGCUAUGUUCGUGGAAAUGAUUUAAAAUAUAACCAGGCAGACCAUCAGUGGCAGUCAAACAAGGAGGUGUGUGACCCCACAAAUAAUCAUGAGAGGGAAGGCAUGUGUCUUGCUGGGAUGUCUGCUGCCAUCACUCAGACCGAGAUCUUCCUGGGUGCACCUGGAUGCUUCGACUGGCAAGGAAACACAAUUUCACAGUGGCAUAACCCUGCAGAUAAUUAUGAUGACAUUAAGAACAAGAUUCGGGACUUGGACAGACGGAAUAUUUACAUUGGUUACUCUAUAGCUGUGGGUCGAGGUGUGUUGAGCAAAGACAAAAUAACAGUGGUAACAGGAGCUCCAAGAGAUGAGGCCAGAGGAUCUGUGAUGAUGGGUGAAGUUCAUAAAGGGUCUCCUGAAGGAGAAGUCAAAAUAAAAGCCACUGUCACGGGAGAACAAGUUGGGUCCUAUUUUGGCAGCAGCGUUGCUAUUGUUGACCUUAACAAUGAUGGUUGGAAGGAUCUGAUUGUUGGAGCCCCUUUCUAUUUCGACCGGAGAAACGAUGGAAAAGGGGGGGCAGUGUAUGUCUAUAUGAACCAGGGCGGCUCCUUUAGUGACAAAGCUGACGUGGUGCUCACUGGGCCAAAGGACUCAGCUUUCGGCAUGGCUGUUGUUGCUAUUGGUGAUGUUAACCAGGAUGGCUUUCAAGAUUUUGCUGUUGGUGCUCCAUAUCAUAGUACAGGCAGAGUAUCGAUAUGGAUGGGCAGCAAACUGGGUAUUUCCCAAACACCUAGUCAGGUCAUUGAUGGAAAAGACAUCCCCGGUGGCGGAUUCCACACGUUUGGUUAUUCCAUCAGUGGUGGUGUGGAUGUGGACAGGAACAGUUACCCAGACAUAGCGGUUGGAUCAUUAGAUGACCGCGUGGUCUUGCUAAGAGCACGUCCUGUGAUUCACCUAAAGAGUUAUCUCACUGUGACACCGGAGGUUAUCAAACCAGAGGAGUGUGAUGACUGUAUUGAAGCAAAGGUCUGUUUGUCCUACACAUUCAGCACUACCAGUGCCAGUUCCCAGAAGAGUAUCACCUUUCAAUAUACAGUGGAAGCCGAUCAGCAAUCGUCUCGGAGCCCUCGUGUUCAAUUCCUUGACGACAAAGUUUCCAAACACACUGGCGAAAUGUCUGUUGCUGCUUCUGAAGUUUGUCGUUCUCUGAAACUCAAGCUAGUGUCCAAGACGAUCCAAGACAAGGUUGCUCCGAUAGUUUUCUUGCUGAGCGUGUCUUUGGUGGAGCCUGUACCCUCCAGCGGGCAGAAACUAGAAGACAUCAAUGCCUUUCCUGUGAUCAGCCAGAAAGACGCUCAGCCUAAAAGAGCUGAGAUUCACAUUCAGAAAGCCUGUGGAUCAGAUAACAAAUGUGAGAGCAACCUUCAGAUGACGGCUGCAUUCACAGAUGAGCAGAACACACCGUUUCCCACGAGGAAUGGCCAGCAGAUCUUCCUUUACACUACUGAUGUGAAGAAGCUGAAGUUGAUGGUGAAUGUGUCCAAUGUCCCAUCACAGGACAGGAUAGCAGAAGAUGCUUACAGUGCUUUUCUAAAUGUCACCUUUCCCACCUCGCUCAGCUUCUCCAGCGUAAACCCCAAGAUCUUGAUAUGUGAACCGUCUGAUGGGGCGGUUCUGUGUACACUGGGGGACCCCUUCAAAAGUCAUCAGAGCGUGGAGUUUGAGAUCAUCUUUGAAACGACAGGAAUCACAAUAGGCAUGCAGGAGAUUCAGACUGAACUGCGGCUCUCAACGCGGAGCGAUCAGAAUGAUCUACGGCCCCUGUCGAGGGUACUGAUGGUGGACUACGAACUAAAGCCCUUCUUUAUCCUUUCAAACCAGUUUAACACAGAAUUCAGUGGGAAAGUGAAAGCAGAAUCAGCCAUGAAAAGUACCAGUGACAUUGGAAGCCCAGUGGAAUUCAACUUGACGGUGUCUCUUUCUGAAAAACCUCUGGGAAAUCUGGGGUAUCUGGAAGUGGUCUUUCAGUGGCCUUAUGCUGUAGCUAAUCAGAAGUGGCUGCUUUAUCUGUCAGAGAUUCAGAUGACGGGAACCUCCAAGCCAUUCUGUGUCCCUGAAAAUAACGUUGUAAACCCCCUUAAUCUGGAUGUGUCAGAGCGCAAGACUAGAAGGAGGAAAAGAGACGUGAGCUACUUAAAGUCUGAACAGACCCUCCCGAAGAUGCAAGCCCAGAGGAAACCUGCCAACCUGGACUGUGACUCAGGUAGGGCCCUCUGUCAGACCUUCACCUGCCCCUUGCUGGGCAUGGACACCUCGGCCAAUCUCACGGUCCGAGCACGCGUAUGGAACAGCACGAUGCUUGAGGACUACAAGGGUGCAGGAGUAUUUGUGACCGGUAGAGCCACACUGAGUCUAAAAACAGACAAACCAAGCAUCAGGAUGAGCAAUAACACCCGUGAGUUUACAGUAGCUAUAGACCCUGCAGAGGGGGGAGAGCUUCGGUAUGAAGUUCCUCUGUGGAUAAUCAUAGUGUCUGCGUUGGCAGGAGUGAUUCUGUUGGGACUGAUUGUCAUUUUACUGUGGAAGUGCGGUUUCUUCAAGAGGGCAAACACCAGAGAGCUUUAUGAGGCCAAGGCCCAGAAAGCAGAGUUGAAAACACAGCCAUCUGAAAAUGACCGCCUUACAGAGGAGGACUGAGAUUUGCUGUGACACAAAUAGCGAAUCCAGUGGCUUUUUUAAGCGGGCUGCCCACUUUCAAACUAUGCCAACAUACCAAGGCAUGAGGAUUUACAAGAAGGAACAGUACCAGGUAAACCAGGGCUUUUUAAUAGUGGACACCACAAAAAAUAAGAAACACUGGAUCACAAGCUGGACUGAAAAGACACAGUACUACUGAUGAAAGCACUCUUACAUUGUCUCUUUUAAACAGUGGAAUGGACUUUACCCAAACAAUACCUGAUUUGAUUUGAACAACUUCUGGGUAUCAGAUAUAAUUGAAAAUGUUCAUUCAAAACUCUCAAACAUGAACUGAUUGUCCUGAAGACUAUGUGUGAGAUUACAUACUGUAUUGGUGUUUAUUUUGGUUACAGUUUUUCAAAAGAAUACAUGUAUUAUGUAUGCUGACGGGCUCAAUGAUAAGGAUUUUCCCUGCUGGCUCAGUAGUUCAGAUUUGUGUUUGGCCUGCCAACAUUUUAACUGUCACCCACCACAAAGGAAAGGAUCCAUUUUUAUAUUCAUGCUCUUAAAAAGGAAGGUUCUUCGUUGGCAUCUAUGGUUCCAUGAAGAACCUUUAACAUCCACGGAAUCCUUCCAGUGCACAAAUGAUUCUUUAUAGUGGAAGAAUGUUAUUUUAAAAGUUCUUCACUCUAAGAAAUUUUUUUUUUUUUUAAGAGGGUUCUACUGAAAAUUUCUCUGGGGAAUCCAAAUAGUUCUUAUAUGGAAUCACAGCAAAACCCGCUAUAGUAACCUUUCUUUUUAAGAGAAUAGCAAUGAGUUUUUACUGUAUAUUUGCUAUAAAUAUUUUUUCAUUAAAUGUUACAUUUUAUUUUUUUAUUGAGUAAAAUUAUUUGAUUAUGAUUGCAAGAAAACAACAUGCAACAAGCUGGAAGUGAUUCAGCUAAAAUGUAAUGUAAUUCAUUUCUGCUGAAAAACAAUGGCUUACACGUACAAUUUCCUAGCAAUUUCUGAGUGAAAUUGUUUGUUUUGUCAAAGUACAAAGAAAUGGCAAGUAAUGAAUUAAAUUAAACAUGACAUUUUAAAGUAAAAAAAAGUCAUAAAUAGUAUUUUUAAGGUGUACUCCAGUAAUCUUUUACAUUAAUUUUUUUAUAACUUCGAAAAAUUAUUUUUAUAGUGUAGCCUACAGUGCAAAACAUAUUGGCAUGUAGUUUUCAACACAUUUUGAUUCUGUCAAGUCAUUUUAUUUUCAGAUUUAACAAAAAUGUAUAUUCGUUGACCAAACAAGAUGAAUACAGCCAAACGCUUAAGUGUGAAAUUCAUAAUAAUGGAUGUACAAAACUAAUGAUUUGUGAAUUUGAAAUCAGUAUAAAAUUGUCAUCCACUUUUCUAGUGGGUCAUCCUUGUUGUUUAGGUCUGUGUUGUUUGGUUUUCGUUCUUUCGCUUUUGUCUAUGUGAGGACUUGUAUGUUAUGUGCCCUGUAACUGAAAAUAGCACUGUAUUUUCUCUUCGACUUUCUAAUAAUGGUCAAAUCUGUUGGCCAGUCAUGAGUCACUAUCCCUCUCAUUCGGUUCUUGCUUUAUAUAUUUUUAUCUUGCAUCAGGUCACGUUCAUGUGUAAAAAAGACUCAACAUAUGAAUGUGAAUCAUUCAGUGCAGGACAGCAAACAGACACAAAUACUCCUCGCCUAUGCAAUUGGGACAGUGCCUAAUUUCAAAUUCAGCCUCCUUUAGUGAGGUGGACAUAUAUGUGUGUUACAUGCCCUGAUUUUGUUCAUUUUACAGUCAAGUUUUAGAUCUUGUUGGGGAUUAUGUCAGUUUUAAAUGUAACUAUGAAAUUUGUCAUGAUUUUGUGGGUAUGUUUAUACUCCAGUGAUUUAUAUUUGUAUUUAAAAUGUUUUUAUAAGUGGAUGUUGUUUACAUGUCUAACAUAAACAUUCAUUUGGUGCAAAUAAGUCCUGUGCUCAAGUGUUAACAGACUUGUCAAUUAACGCAGCUUAAUGUAAAGGCUGUGUGCAUUAAUUAGCUCUCAACUCUGCGUUAGGUAUUAGGCUAAAUAAAUAAAUAAAGUGAUGGCUUAAUAAAA